AUGCACCGGGUCCUUGUCGACAACGACAGCUCAGCAGACAUCCUGUAUUAUCCAGCAUUCCAGCAGAUGAGGAUUGACAAGAAACAAUUGUCCCCAACGAACGCCCCACUCGUAGGAUUUGGGGGUACAAAGGUGUUCCCUUUGGGCGCAAUAACGCUAGCUGUGACGGCGGGUGACUAUCCUCAACAGAUCACUAGGGAGAUAACAUUUCUCGUAGUCAACUGCUCGUCCGCCUACAACGCCAUCCUCGGGCGACCCACUCUCAAUUCUUGGAAGGCGGUAACUUCAACAUACCACCUAAUGAUCAAAUUCCCGAUAGAAUAUGGGGUAGGAGAACUGUGGGGAAAUCAAGUAGCAGCACGAGAAUGCUAUAUCGUCAUGUUAGAGAUGGAGGAUCAGCAGCAGACGAUAUGUAUCAGGAAGCAGCGAGCAUUAGCAGAGCCAGUUGAAGAGCUAGAAGAAGUAAGACUUAACGACACACAGCCAGUUGGCCAAUAUGCCAGACGAUCACGACUUUCCUAA